AUGAUAGAAAACGAGAUCAGAUCGGAAAUGUCAGGGGUAUUACGGACGUCAGGACAGAACCCUCACCACUCAGCCCAGGACUACAGCCUUUUGACCCCCGACCCUUCCCAGCUGAGUGAAGAUGACCUCCCAAGUGACCUGCAGUCCUUGUCUUGGCUGACAUCUGUCGAUGUCCCCCGUUUACAACAGAUGGCGACAGGUCGGAUGGACUUUAACCUGAGUGCCCAGAAUCCAACGUUGACAACACAGACAGGCCUGGUUCUCCAUGAUAUGUCUAACAAUAUGACUCCAACUUCAGUACAAGGGGCCAUGAUCCAGGUACAAGCAACCAUGCAGCAUGGCAUAAUGGGAAUGAACACCAUGACAACCCAUGGGCAAAAUAUUUCCCAGUACUCUGUGGCAGGGCAGCACCCUUCUGAGUUUCAAACACAACAGUCCCUUUACCAAGCUCACUCUCAGCAGCUGUACAGCCUAUCACAACCUGGCCAGCAGUGCUCUCCUGGCAAUAUUUAUAGCCCAUCUUAUCAUGCACAGACUCAGUAUGCACAGCCCAGACUUGCUGCUCACAAUGACCAGGACCUCCAACCCAAGACCUACCCUAAACCCAUCUAUUCUUACAGCUGUCUGAUUGCCAUGGCACUGAAGAACAGCAAGACAGGCAGCCUCCCAGUCAGUGAGAUCUACAGUUUCAUGAAGGAGCACUUCCCCUACUUCAAGACUGCUCCAGAUGGUUGGAAGAACUCUGUCAGGCACAACCUCUCCCUGAACAAGUGCUUUGAGAAGGUGGAGAACAAACUGAGUGGUUCAUCGCGGAAAGGGUGCCUUUGGGCUCUCAACCCGGCCAAGAUCGAAAAGAUGGAGGAGGAAAUGCAGAAAUGGAAGCGCAAGGAUCUUGGAGCAAUUCGCAGAAGCAUGGCAAAUCCAGAUGAACUGGACAAAUUGAUAUCUGAUCGGCCAGAAAACUGCAGGAGGCCGACAAAAUAUUCUGAGCGAACAAUCCACAUGGCAACGCAGGUGACAACCACACAAGGGAGCAUCACGGUGCCACAUCUCCCCCACCAGUCUGUUGCCACGCUUUCCUUGCACCCCCUGCCUUUGCACCACCAGAUCCAGCAGCAACAGCAACAGACGCGGAUUACUCCCGACUCGCCAGCCCCAGCUCAAACCCCACCUCUCCACACAAUGCCAGAUAUUAGCCACAGUCCUUUGUCACACCUUGGAGCCAGCAGGGCUGCUUCUGACCUAUUCUGCAUGACAACCGAUAUGAACACGGAUGUUGAUGCUCUGGAUCCAACCAUCAUGGACUUUGCAUUGCACGGAAAUCUAUGGGAAGAAAUGAAAGACGAGAGUUUCAACUUGGACACACUCGGAGCGUUUAGCACAUCCCCGCUUCGUCUCUCAGACUCUCCUCUUGGAACAGUGGGCCUCACUCCUGUGUCCAGUGGAAGCGAGAAUUCAUUUUCUGACCUGCAGGUUACUGGUCUCUACACCACCUAUGCCAGUCUGGAGAAUGUUCCAGCACAAUACCUGAACACACAAGGGAAUAAACCAAUAGCACUGCAAUAA